GAGCAACGAGGUGACCCGGUCGCCAGCAGAUAACCCAGUCAUCUGAGCGGCUGGCAGUCCCUUACUCUGAGUCAUGCCCGCACCGUGACGAGUUCUGCCUGGAUCCCGGAAACACAGCCUCGUCUUCUGGGAGGCAAUGGAAGCCCCUCGGCCUCACCUGGACCUUGAGGACCGCGGGGUCCUGACCCCGUAGACGGGCUAGCCGGCGACUGCAGGCGGGGCGUGGGCCGGCGGCGUGGUGACGUCACGGCGCGUCGCGUGCGCCCCGCCCCCGCUCGGCCGGUCGCCAGGGGACGCUCGCGGGCCGGGUCCCCUUGGCAACCCUCCGCUCCUCCCCUCCGCCCCUUUAACCUUUAGGCUGCGCGGUUCCGGGUCCCUCUCCGUCCCCGUCCCUCCCCUCCCCUCCCCUCCGGGGCUGCGGAGACCGGAAGCGAAGAUGGCGGCGGCGGCGGCCGAGCUGGUGAUCGGCUGGUGCAUCUUCGGCCUCUUGCUCCUGGCUAUUUUGGCAUUUUGCUGGAUAUAUGUUCGUAAAUACCAGAGUCAGCGGGAAAGCGAAGUUGUCUCCACCGUAACAGCCAUUUUCUCCCUGGCAGUUGCACUUAUCACGUCAGCACUUCUGCCAGUGGAUAUAUUUCUGGUUUCUUACAUGAAAAAUCAAAAUGGUACAUUUAAGGACUGGGCUAAUACCAAUGUCAGUGUACAGAUUGAGGCCACUGUUAUGUAUGGCUACUACACUUUGUAUUCUGUUAUCCUCUUCUGUGUGUUCUUCUGGAUCCCCUUUGUCUACUUCUAUUACGAAGAGAAGGACGAUGAUGACACCAGUAAAUGCACUCAAAUUAAAACGGCGCUCAAGUACACUUUGGGAUUUGUUGUGAUCUGCGCACUUCUUCUUCUUGUUGGUGCUUUUGUGCCACUGAAUCUCCCCAGUAACAAAAAUUCUACAGAGUGGGAAAAGGUGAAGUUCCUGUUUGAAGAACUGGGAAGUAGUCAUGGUAUAGCUGCACUGUCGUUUUCCAUUAGUUCUCUGACCUUGAUUGGAAUGCUGGCAGCCAUAACAUACACAGCAUAUGGCAUGUCAGCAUUACCUUUAAACCUGAUUAAAGGCACUAGAAAUGCUACUUAUGAACGCCUGGAAAACACUGAAGACAUUGAAGAAGUGGAGCAGCACAUUCAAACGAUUCGGUCAAAAAGUAAAGAUGGUCGACCUUUGCCAGCGAGGGAUAGACGUGCCUUAAAGCAAUGUGAAGAAAGAUUAAGAACACUUAGGAAAAGAGAGCGGCACUUAGAAUUCAUUGAAAACAGCUGGUGGACGAAAUUUUGUGGUGCCCUGCGCCCCCUAAAGAUCAUGUGGGGAAUAUUUUUCAUCUUAGUUGCAUUGCUGUUCGUAAUUUCUCUCUUCUUAUCAAAUUUAGAUAAAGCUCUUCAUUCAGCGGGAAUAGAUUCGGGUUUCAUCAUCUUUGGAACUAACCUGAGCAAUCCAUUGAACAUGCUUUUGCCUUUGUUACAAACAGUGUUUCCUCUUGAUUAUAUUCUUAUAACAAUUAUUAUUAUGUACUUUAUUUUUACCUCGAUGGCAGGAAUUCGAAAUAUUGGCAUAUGGUUCUUUUGGAUUAGAUUGUAUAAAAUAAGAAGAGGACGAACCAGACCUCAGGCACUCUUAUUUCUCUGCAUGAUACUUCUGCUAAUUGUCCUUCAUACCAGCUACAUGAUAUACAGUCUUGCUCCUCAGUACGUUAUGUAUGGAAGCCAGAAUUAUUUAGUAGAGAGCAAUAUCACUUCGGAUGCCCAUAAAGGCAACUCAACCCUUUCUGUGCCAAAAAGGUGUGAUGCAGAUGCGCCUGAAGAUCAAUGCACUGUUACCCGAACGUACUUAUUCCUCCACAAGUUCUGGUUCUUCAGUGCUGCGUAUUAUUUCGGCAACUGGGCCUUUCUUGUGGUGUUCUUGAUUGGAUUAAUUGUGUCCUGCUGUAAAGGGAAGAAGUCAGUCAUCGAAGGAGUGGACGAAGAUUCAGAUAUAAGUGAUGAUGAGCCCUGUGCCUACUCUGUGUGAACAGCUUCAGUCCCAAGCGCUCUGUGAAGCUGGCUGAAUAUCUGUUGUUCAUUUCCAAAAUUUUAAAGUAACAGUAGUAUGAACUGUCUUAGCUUUCAUCAAAAAUGAGAGCAUGGCCAUUAAAAAGAACUAUAUUUUUUAUGUUUUCUGAAGUAACAUUAUUGUAUCAUAGAUUAACACUUAAAAUUGCUAUAAUAAUACUGUGUAAAUACAAAAUUUCCAGGUUUGUGGGGGAAUGAUUGUGGACGUUUUCCUUGUUGUAUAAUAGUGUUAAAUUUAUUAAAAUCUUGCAGAAUUUACAUUCCCUUUGUUGCUUUUUAAAAACAUAAGUCACUUGUCUUGUGCCUUAGGGACUCUGGAAUAAUGUGAAACUUUUAAGUAUCUUCCUUUGAUUGGCUAAACAGUUGCAGUAUUGCUUGUGGGUAAGUGUAACUCUCAUAGGUAACUAGUUUUCAGUUUUGUCCAUAAAAUCAUUACUCUAACUCAAGUAGAGUUCAUGACAAAUUGUUAAACUGCUUAAGACCAUGGUAUUCUAAGAUGUGUUCCAAGUUUCAUUGUUCAUAUAUUAACCCUUGAGUGUGUUGCUACCUCUGCAAGAAUGUUUAAGGCACUUAUAUUGGUGUACAUACUUGUUUUGUAGAAGACUUUGAAAUUUGUAUUAUCACAAAUGGAAAUAUCAAGAAUAAUGGAUGUUGAGAAUUGAGUUUACUGAUCAUUAUAAGAUAUAUGACAUCCUACUCAGCUAUUUUUUCAUUUCAAGUUUGGAAACCUGUAAAAGAAAAUGAAAGAUAUGUGAUAUAAUAGUAUUCUCAAUGUGUUCUUAUUGGUCAAAAUCUAAUUUGCUAAUGUCAACUAGAACUCAUUAAAAAAAUCUUUACAAUUA